AAAAUAGUCGGCCAUUAUUGGCAUUUGCCAUUAUUUGUGAUUCUUUCAGCAAUUUAAUUCUGUAUUCCUUUAUAAACGACUCGCAAGUGCAGCAACGCAUUUAUCGUCGCCGAUUUGUUAUAAUAUGAGUAAUGUACCCAAACAAAAUGGAUCAGGUCUAGAGCAGCAGUUUGCUGGUCUGGACUUGCAGGGUGACACUAAAUCUAGUUCAGCCCCAAGCAAGUACGUUCCACCACAUCUUAGGAAUUUACAAAAUAAUUCACAAGAUCAAGGAAGAGAUAACGAAAGGGAUAGUAGAGAUUACAACGGAUCUCGUCAAUCAGGUUCCUAUAAUAGAUCGUCAGAUUUGUUUAGCCAAGGAAACGACCGUCGAGGUGGUCGUAGAGAUGAUUAUGAAGAUCGUUCCUACAAUGGAUCCUCGAAUUCCAAUUAUGGUGGAGGACGAAGUGGAGGAGGUUAUAGAAACAAUUACCGUAAUGAUAGAGAAGGCGGCGAUUGGUCGCGUUUCAAUCAAGGUGUUGGAGGCGGUGGUAGCAGGUGGCAAGAAGGAAGACGAUCUGAAAAUCGAAGAGGUCGAUGGGAUGAUUCAAAUGCUACUAACCAAGAUUGGACCAAACCACUUCCACCUGAUGAACGUUUGGAAGAAGAGUUGUUUGGCAAUCGAAGUACUGGCAUUAAUUUUAAUAAGUAUGAAGACAUUCCUGUUGAAGCAACUGGUGAAGAUGUACCACCUCAUAUUGAUACAUUUGAUGACAUCAAGCUGACAGAAAUUAUAAGGAUGAACAUAGCUUUGACCCGUUAUGAUACACCAACUCCUGUACAAAAAUACGCUAUACCAAUUAUUAUAGGACGCCGUGAUGUCAUGGCUUGUGCCCAAACAGGAUCAGGCAAGACGGCAGCUUUUUUAGUUCCAAUACUCAACCAAAUAUAUGAAAAGGGGCCAGCUGCUUACAAUGGUGGACCAAAAACUCAAUCUAGAAGAAAAUAUCCACUUGGCCUGAUUUUGGCACCUACCAGAGAACUAGCUACUCAAAUAUAUGAUGAAGCAAAAAAGUUUGCUUAUCGCUCUAGAGUACGCCCUUGUGUUGUCUAUGGAGGCUCACAUGUAAUGGAUCAAAUUCGAGAUCUUGAGCAAGGAUGCCAUCUUUUAGUGGCAACUCCUGGUCGCUUAGUGGAUAUGUUAGAAAGAGGGAAAAUUGGAUUAGAUUUUUGUCGUUAUUUAGUGUUAGAUGAAGCUGACAGAAUGUUGGAUAUGGGUUUUGAAACUCAAAUAAGGCGUAUUGUAGAAAAAGAUUCAAUGCCUCCACCCGGUGACAGACAAACUCUCAUGUUUUCAGCCACAUUUCCUAAAGAAAUUCAAAUUCUAGCAAGAGAUUUUCUUGAUAACUAUAUUUUCUUAGCAAUUGGUAGAGUAGGUUCAACGUCAGAAAAUAUUACUCAAAAAAUAGUCUGGGUUGAAGAUCGAAAUAAAAGAUCAUAUCUACUAGAUUUAUUAAAUGCCACUCCUAUUAGAACACAACCUGCUGAAUCAUUGAUUUUGGUAUUUGUUGAAACAAAAAAAGGUGCUGAUUCUUUGGAAGAAUUCCUCUAUUCUAAUGGUUACCCAGUAACUUCAAUUCAUGGUGACCGAACUCAGCGUGAACGUGAAGAUGCUCUUAAAAGUUUCCGGUCAGGAAACACUCCUAUUUUAGUUGCUACUGCAGUUGCAGCUAGAGGAUUAGAUAUACCUCAUGUAACACAUGUUAUUAAUUAUGAUUUACCAUCAGACGUUGAAGAGUAUGUACAUCGUAUUGGACGUACUGGACGUAUGGGAAAUUUAGGUUUGGCAACAUCAUUUUUCAACGACAAAAAUCGUAAUUUAACUAGAGAUCUUAUGGAAUUAAUUACUGAAUCAAAACAAGAAUUACCGGGAUGGUUAGAAAGUAUGGCUAGUGACUUUAGAAUGAACAGUGGUAGAAGAAAUAAUGGAUCAAAAGGAGGUCGCUUUGGGGGUUCUGGAUUUGGUUCAAGAGAUUACCGUACUCAAAGCAGUAUGCCACCCUCACGAGGUAGCUCAGGACCACCUCGCAGAGACUAUGGUGGAGGUGGCAGUAGCAAUGGUAACUCAAGCAACCCUUAUUUUCCAGGAAGUGGAUUUUACAGUGGUGGCAAUUAUGGAGGAUCUUAUGGUGGUAACACUACUUCCAAUGGAAAUUCCAAAUCACCCGAUUGGUGGUCCCAGUCAUAAAAGUGUGGUAAUUUAUUAUGAUAUGUCAUUGAUCAUUGGUUAUAUAUAUAUAUAUAUAAAUAUAUACAUAUACAUAUAUAUAUAUUUAAAGUUUAGAAAAUCAGUGAAUUAAAUUUUUUUAUAAAUUGAUAUAUGCCUCUUAAAUUUAGGUUAACUUGAUAGUCUACUAAAUUCAUUAUGUGUAUAAAAUUAAUGAAAUAAAUUUUAAACAAAGUAUGUUUUUAUUAUUUUUUUUAUUUUUGAUUUUAAGCUUUGUUUUUAGACUGUAAAUCAUCUAAUAUUUAUAUUGAGAUUUAGCUCUAAUUCUUUGUUCAAAAUGAGUAUUAAAUAAAAUGUUACGCAUUUAA